CUCUCCUCCAGAUCAAUGCGCGACACCCACUGCUCUGCUGGAUCCGCCGUCAAGUUUGGUCAAAAUAUGAAAACGUUGUUGAGAUGGAAGGGGAGCACUUAUCGAUUGAUUUGGAAAGAAUUCCUCAUCUAUACGACGGUUUACCUGACGAUUUCGGUUGUGUACGAUUUCGUACUAGAUGAUGUUAGCAAAAAAGGUUUCGAAGACAUUGCCGUGUACUGUUCAACAUACACGUCUGCACUGCCCAUCAUUCUGCUAUUGGGUUUCUUCACCUCAACUUCCAUGCAGCGCUGGUUUUCAUUGGUCACUUCAAUGCCUGGAACGACCAAAGUCAUAGCCAAUUUUGUCAUGUCGAUCAAAGAAAAUCAGCCGGAAGGCCAUCAAAUAGUGCAGCAAUACACCCGUUGGAUCCUCUUAGGCUGGGCACUUACUUUUCGACUCAUCUGCAAGCCUUUGAAAAGAGUAUUCCCCAAUUUGACAUCCCUUCAAAACGCCGGAUUGCUGCAACCACACGAGACGUUGCUGCUGGAAAGAGAGCCGGCCUCCAAUCACCCUUUAGUGGUCAUACAUUGGAAUCUCGCUUUAUUGAAACUGUGUAACCGCAAGGGUAUUUUCAUGGACAUUUCCGAUUAUGGCCGAAAUCAGGAUCUCCUGAUGGGUUUCAAGAAAGGCUGUGGAGACACCAUCAAAUUUGCGUCCAAAAACAUCCCAUUUGCGUUAAUUCAGGCUGUUACGAUUACCGUUUAUUCAUUCGGGUUAGCGUCGCUGAUGGCACGUCAAUUAACUGAAAAGCACACCCCGACUUCGUUCAUCAUUAAAUAUUUCCCUGUCCUCAACACGUUUCAAUACUUUCUCUACUACUUGUGGUUGAAAUUCGGUCGAUUGGCGGCGUAUCCUUUUGGAGACGACGAGAACGAUAUUGAUAUUAAAAGGAUUUUCCAAGCCCACAUAGAGGACGCAGUGCGAUGGCUAUCUCUUUAUUCAUCACCAGGUUUGACCGAUCAAUUGGUGUCGAUGUCCCUCCACAGUUCUUCGCACGAAUGGAUGAAUUUAGCAUGCCCCAAAGGACAAGAAAGCCUGAUAAGUGAACCAUUGGCAAAUGACAGCAAUCAAGAUAGUGCUAUCAUUGCAAAGGAGAUGGGAGAAACGAAGGCCAAGUCUAUAUUUGAAUUAGAUUCAGAUGAAGAAUCUCAGAAUAAUGAGGGUGAUAGUGGUCUAGCUGUCUCUCUUGAAGCAAGUCCCAGCCAUACCAACAACCAAGAUGUCAGUGAAGAAGCAGUGCAAGUUGACUUUGAUUCACACGAGAUCAUUCAAUCAUCGCCAGAAAAUGUGCAGUCUUCUGAAGGGAAGGAUGAUCCUGUGAGCACCAAAUCAAGUUUAAGUGCGUUUCAGAAAGCCAGAAUAGAAAGAAAUCGUCAAAAAGCCCUCUUGCUCCGACAGGCAAGACUGCAGGCUCAUCCAUAUAAAAAUGGCAAUGCUGGCGAGGAACAUUCAGUAAUCAGGGUUCAGAAUUCAAGACUUAUUGAUUCAGGUGGUGGUUUCCUCAUUGAUGAGAAGGAUCUUGAAGAAGAGCAAUCAAAAGAGGUUGUGAUCUCUGAAAUCCCUGCUCCAAUCAUUUUACCCGACCGUCCUCAUUGUGAUGAAUGCGAGCAACCUCUCCACGACUCCUUACUGUACCGAUCUUUUUCGUGUCCUGUUUGCGACACAUGCAAGGAUGUAAACGAUGAUAAAUACUCUCUAAUUACACGAACAGAUGCGCGUCAGGAGUAUCUUUUAAAAGACUGUGAUUUAGAUUUACGCGAACCAAUUUUACGUUUUAUCUUGCGCAAAAACCCGCUAAAUCCUAGAUGGGGAGAUAUGAAGCUCUACUUGAGAUUGCAGGUUGAAAAAAGAGCACUGGAGUUGUGGGAGACGCUUGAGAAAAUAGAAGAAGAAAAGGAACUUCGUGAAACCAAGCGAGAAAAAAGUAAAACGAAAAAGUUCAACCAACAAGUUAAAAAUUUACGAAUGGCGGUACGGAGUAGCGUGUACAAAAAAGUAACAGCCAGCCAUCAACAUGUCUUCGGCGACGAAAAGUUUGAUGCGGAAAAAGACAUCUACUACCGCAAGUGUAGCACGUGCUCUUUUCAACAAGAAUACGAAAAAAUGUAAUUUUCUCAUUUACAGUUUUAUUCAGCCACCCAUCCUCAGCAUUUUCUCAGCUGUUGGCCACAUACUCAUUCGAAAUUCUUCAUGUUAAUUUAAAUGAUAUUGCAAAUAUAGGUUUGGUAUUGCCAAGA